CAAAUCGGUCAUCUCCCCACAAAAUCAUCGUUAACCAGCGCAGAGGUGGGUGCCCGAAUCAGAUUGAGCAGGCUGAGACACUGUAAGAGCGUUACUUUGCCGUGGAGUGAAAGCAAAGAGGCCAAACAGAUAGAAGAGAGAGAAAGGAAGGAGGGAAAAGCUUUGUUCUUUCAGAGAGAGAGAGAGAGAGAGUAAAUGCGUUUUGUUUUUUAUUCAUGAAAGAAACGAAAGCAGGAAAGAGCGAAAGAGAAACACCCACAAUUUCUUAAGACCCCCCCCCCCCCCCCCCCCCCCCCCCUUUUCUCAAUUCCCACAAAAUUCUCAACAGUCUCAUCCCACCCAGAAAAGAAGAAGAAGAAGAAGAAGAAGAAGAACAAGAGUUGAACGACAUCGUUUGAUGAUGAACUGGCGGAGAGUGUUGAAGUCCGUCCAGGCCUUAGCAGCCCACAGCCUGCUAUUCACCUUCACGCUCUUGCUCGUUCUCAAGCUCGACCACAUCGUCUCCUACUCUUGGUGGAUAAUUUUUUUUCCACUUUGGAUAUUUCAUGCAGUUGUUGCCCGAGGAAGAUUCUCACUACCUGCUCCAUCAGUUCCACACAGUCGUCAUUGGGCGCCAUGUCAUGCUGUUGUGGCCACACCAUUGCUUAUUGCAUUUGAGUUGCUCCUCUGUAUAUAUCUUGAAAGUCGUUAUGUUCACAGUUUUGCAGCUGUCAACUUAAAGGUUGUCUUUCUUCCCUUACUGGCAUUCGAAGUAAUUAUUCUAAUUGACAAUUUCAGAAUGUGUAAGGCUCUAAUGCCAGGGGAUGAUGAAAACAUGAAUGAUGAGGCAAUAUGGGAGACACUUCCUCAUUUCUGGGUUGCAAUCUCCAUGGUUUUCUUUGUUGCUGCUACAGUCUUCACCAUGCUCAAGUUAUCUGGUCAUGUAAAUGCCCUCGGCUGGUGGGAUUUGUUUAUAAACUUUAGUAUUGCAGAGUGCUUUGCCUUUCUUGUCUGUACAAAGUGGUCUAAUCCAGUAAUUCAUCGAAAUUCCCGAAUAGGAGUAGCUACUUCAUCUUCUACAACUAUUAGAUAUCUUGACUGGAACAGCGGUCUAGUCGUUUCUGCAGACGAGGAUCAGCAUCAAGAUAGAAUGUGUGGUCUGCAAGACAUUGGUGGGCAUGUUAUGAAAAUUCCGGUGAUUGGUUUUCAAGUUCUCCUUUGUAUGCGCCUUGAGGGAACCCCCGAUCGUGCUAGACAUAUCCCACUUCCGGUUCUAUUCUCUCCUCUUUUUCUACUACAAGGUGUUGGUGUACUAUUUGCUGCAUCUAGGUUGGUGGAGAAAAUUGUACUUCUACUGCGUAGUGGAGCUGGCACAGGAUUAUAUUUUAGAUUUUCUUCCAGAGCACACGAUUGCUUGGGGUUUUUGCACCAUGGUUCCAGGCUACUUGGCUGGUGGUCAAUAGAUGAAGGAAGUUGUGAGGAACAUGCCCGACUGUUUCAUGAGGAGGCUUCAGGAUACAACACUUUCUGUGGUUAUCCACCUGAGAUAGUGAAGAAAAUGCCUAAAAAGGAUCUUACUGAAGAGGUAUGGAGACUUCAAGCAGCUCUUGGUGAACAGACAGAAAUCACAAAAUACAGUCAGCAGGAGUAUGAAAGACUUCAAAAUGAAAAAGUGUUAUGUCGUGUUUGCUUUGAGGGAGAUAUCAGUGUGGUCCUGCUACCAUGUAGGCAUCGUGUUCUUUGCAGUACCUGCUGUGACAAGUGUAAAUUAUGCCCAAUAUGCCGUAUUUCUAUUGAGGAGCGCUUACCUGUGUAUGAUGUCUAGCUUGAUUUCAGUUUUACCCCACUUCAGUUUUUGUAUGGCAUGAAAUUAGGGUACAUAGGGCUGGACGGUAACCUCACUUGAGAACAAAUUUUAACACUGAUUAUACUCGAUGACGGUGACUGGUCAUUGCAGCCGUCUCUAAUUUGGUAGCUUCCAUUUUCAGCUUUCAAAUUGUAAAUGUACAGGGAGAGAGUACUCUUAUAACAAGUUGGAAGUUAUCAGAUAUGAGUUGAAUUGAAAAAUAUGUGACAUGGUAUUGAAAGACA